AUGUCAACCGCUUCUCCCCUCCACCACGGACACAGCAAUGGCAGCUACGCCAACUCGCCCGCUCCUGCCGGCGUGACCGGCAGAGACGCUGGCGUCACCGCAGCUGCCGUCGCUGACUCGGCCGUUCGAUCCGGCUCGGUGCCUGCGUCCGCUUCUGGCAGCGCUCCCGGCUCCGCCUCCGGCUCCCUGUACGGCGAAGGUCACGCCCACCACGCUGCUCACCACCACCACUCGGGUCACCACGCCCAUUCACAUGGAACGCUGGCCAGCCCGGGGGUCAAUGGUGGACACAGCUCUAGCUGGUCUCCUUACGGCUACCCCUCGGCUCCCGUUUACGGUGGCAGCCCCAGCCCUUACGGCCACAAUGCCUACUCACAGUACGCUAGCGGCUACGGCUAUGCCAACGGCGCGACUCACCACGUCGCCACUGCUCCCACCACGCCUUCUGCCACCGGUACCACCUACCAUGCUGGCGUCAACGGCAUGAUGAUGCACCACGGACAGCACGCUGGCUACGGCUACGGCAGCCACCACCUCGGAUCGCACACUCCUACUCACACUCACAGCCACUCGUCCGCCUACUUUAUGAACGGCGACGGCUCUCACAGCCACCUCAAUGGCUCGACGCACCUCUCCUCGCCCUCGUACGCAUCUGCGCCCCAAUACUCGACCCAGCUGCCCCUUGCUGGCCGACACCGCGUCACCACCACGCUCUGGGAAGACGAAGGCACGCUCUGCUUCCAGGUCGACGCUCGUGGCGUCUGCGUGGCCCGCAGACACGACAACAACAUGAUCAACGGCACCAAGCUGCUCAAUGUCUGCGGCAUGUCGCGUGGCAAGCGUGACGGUAUCCUCAAAAACGAAAAGGAGCGCAUCGUGGUCAAGGUUGGCGCUAUGCACCUUAAGGGUGUCUGGAUCUCGUUCGCGCGUGCCAAGCAGCUGGCAGAGCAGAACGGCAUCGCCGACGCGCUCUACCCGCUGUUUGAGCCUAACAUCCAGUCGUUCCUCUACCACCCGGACAACUACCCCAGGACUGCGGCUGUCAUUGCUGCCGCUCAAGAGCGACAGGCUCAGCGCCAACGCGCUCCUGGCAUGCCAAGCCCCGGUGCCAACGGCACUUCGCAAGCACCUCCCCUCAUGCGUGCCAACACCACCCCUUCCAACGCUGACACUUCGGGGUUUGGUAGUGGGUUGAGCAGCAGCACCAGCUGGGCCGGCUCCCACGACCAGGGGCACACUUCUGCCCCGACCACCACGCAGCCUUCGCCCUCUUCCAUGCACAACGGCACAACCAUGCACAUGAGCCUUUCGGGCCACGGUACUUCGUCGCCCACGUACUCAUCGCAGCAGCAGUACCCCAUGACGGCCGCGCAACAGCUUGCUCGUCCACCCGCCGGCGAUCGACGUCAAUCGGCUCCCAUCACGCUCAACGGUGUCAACCACGCCGGUCACGCAGACUACAGCGCUACCAACAUGGCGGCUGCCAACGGCGGUCUGGUCAACGGAGCUCGCAAGGUGUCUGGCUUGAAGCGCUCCUGGAACGAUGCCGAGGACCUCAACGGUUCUGCUACGGCCUCGCCCUCGGAACGCGACAUGCAGCGAAGUGGCAGCGGUGGCUCGAAUGGCUACAAGUUUGAGGGCGACGAAUCGCACAGCCCCGACACCUCGGAUGACCGUUCGGCCAAGAGGAACAAAGGCAUGCCUCAGCGCGGUGGCGCUGCUGCUGGUACCAUGCCUGCCAUGUCGAACGGCAUGCUCAUGGGCGUCGGCAACGGCAACGGCAUUCACCACGAGUGA